AAGCGUUAAAUACACCCCUGCUAGCCGAUAGCAAUGGAUUCUUUAUCGGAUUCUGAAGAUUUUCCUCCUGCUCCUCCCAAUUCUCCCGUUAUUCCAGCUCAAGACCCGAUACCACCACUCAACCUAGGACCCUUUUUCACCCUCAACGGAAACCAUCCGAGAGUCGCAAUGGUUCAGCUUACAGAGGUUGUCGACGAGCAUUUCCAAGAGGACCAGCCUGGUCCUGAGGAGGACGAGGAUUACACUGAUACCGAGUCCGAAAUCUCAACCGAGUCGGACUAUGACCCUUCCAGCGAAACUCUUGCCGAGCGCCUCUAUGCGCUUCGCGAUAUCAUCCCACCUCAGACCCGAACCUCGAUCGCCAACAAGGUUAACGCAACAACUAGCGCAGUCUCAAGCUUCUUCUCCUUUGGCGGCAAGACUCUCUGGGUGAUCAGCACCUCUGCGCUGAUUCUAGGCGUCCCGUGGGCUCUGGCGUGGGCUGAAGAGCAACAAGUAAUGGAGAUGGAAAAGGAAAUGAAGAUGCGUGAAAUGGGUGGAGAGAUUCUAACCGCAGGUGGCGCCGGUGGCCCCAGCUCUUCCACAGCCCAGCAAGUUGGCGCCGCAAUCGACCGAGAGACAAAGCCCUCUCUGUAAAUCUCGCCGACGUUGCAGUUACUCAUAUGCAGCUUGCUAUAUUCAGUAUGCACUGCGCCCAUGGUCCACCGCUGUCUAUAUCCAAUACUCGGCCCCGUUUAACGUCCACCCUACCUAGGCAUACUUGUUGAAAGAUUCAUCUUUAUUCUUGCUCCAUUCAGCAGUCAGGUAACGCAGGUUUAGCUACUAGCCUUCAUAUCGCAUAUUGUUCGCGUGUGCGCGCAGGGUUUUUAUGAAGGGAAGAAAACUCUCGGCUCUAAGGAUACGGUUCAUGAAGAAUCUCACCUUGUAUCAUAAUUUGGCAUCACGGUCGGUUAAUUGGCAGGGACACGUUUGCAUUAGGCUGGAAGUGCUCCAGGCCAUACGAAUUGAUUUGAUUUUAUUAAUUCAUUGU